AUGCCGACCCCGAGUGACAACACACCACUCUUGACUGCUUCCUCGAUCGUUGAAGAAAUCUCCGCUCGCUCCACCUGCCCCCCAGAGGUUGAGAGAUUAUCUUCCUUGAGAGACUCGCGUGAAUCGUCAACUACAAUUGCGGAGAGUGAUGCUCCCGAUAGCACCUUUUCGCCAACCGUCGCAUCCACCCAGACCGCCUUGACACCAUCCGACGAUGCGAUCGCUUCUUCCAAUGCAGACCCCGUGAGGGGCGAGCCAGUACCCAGUCUCCCCUUGAAAGGCGUGGUAAGACCUGAAGAGGAACCCGCUACGAGGAGACUGAGUCCUGCUGCGGAGUCGUCAUGCUCUGUUGCCCCGUCGUCCGCAGUCCCCUCCCCAUCCGCCACUUCCCUGUUGAGUUAUGAAUUCUCCAACAUUCGGCUUCGUCCUAAUUACACUUCUUCUUUUCUGCGCCCCGGAAGCACAUUUACUGGCACACAGCAAUCGGACAGUCACGUAUAUAGUGUUGAUGUGGAGAUCAAGCAUGUUGAUAUGCUCGAGUCCUAUCUCUGUGGAUAUCUCCGCAUACAGGGUCUCACCGAGGAUCACCCAACGCUAACCACGUAUUUCGAGGGGGAAAUCAUCGGAAACAAGCACGGCUUCAUAACAAGAAAUGAAGCCUGGGGUGCGACAGAAAAAAGCGAUAUGCAACAUUGGGCGAGGUUUCCCCCUUGGCGAUCGGUUGUGAAGCAAACAAAGAGGCAGGAUUUUCCGCUGUGGAACUAUGCUCAGCGUGAGCACAUCUUCAUGCGGUGGAAGGAGUACUUCCUCGUCCCUGAUCAUCGUGUGAGAUCAAUUUCCGGUGCUAGUUUUGAGGGCUUCUAUUAUAUCUGCUUUAAUCAAGUGGAAGGAACGGUAGCUGGGAUUUACUUUCACGCAAAAAGCGAGAAGUUCCAACAACUUGAGCUCAGGCAUGUGCAAGAUCAUGGUCGCGCGCCUGCCAUGGAGUUCCGUUGA